AUGUUAAGUCGUUUGUUUAAUCUAUUCGAGAAAGAAAGACCUACAAAGAUGGAAUCUCUAACACAAAUAAUCAAUGCCACUUAUCGUAUACCUGCUCAGAAAGCUUCUUAUACGUCCAGCCGCAUUCGCCUUGUUAUUGAAAUAAUGCAAAGAAAUGAAUUGUUAUCGAGGAUUUUUUUAUCAACCAUUGAUCCAGUCCAAUUAAUGGCACGUCAUCAUGCUGAUAUAAACAGCUCAAAUCAUGCAACAUCGAUAAAUUUGAAACCAUUCACAUCAACAUGUUUGAGUUGUAAUCAACUGUUAGUCCCUUCCUUUCUCAAAGAAAUAACGGUUUUUAAUCAAAUGACAAUUGGUCGAGCGUGUAUUUACAAAACAUGUUGUUCAUAUUGUCGCCGUACAUAUUAUCCGAUGCAUUACGAUCAAAUAAAUCAUCAGCGUAAUUUCACAACGCCAGAGGCCAUGCUUAACAAUGAGUACAUUUAUUUUGGCGGGAAUGUGGGCUAUUCUAAUGAUUUAUUUAUUCAAUUCACAUCGUUAUUACUUCACUCACACAUGAAUUUCAAAAGUUUCUGUAAAGCGUACAAUGGUUCAGUCGAAGCAAAGAAAAAAUGUUCGUAUUCGAUAAAAUUACCAACAAUGGGAAAAACACUAAAUCUCGAAUCAAAAUUGUUUCAAAUGCAUUGGAUUCAAUUUCAAGUGGCACAAUUCGUUUUUAUGACAACAAAAGACUUUCGCUUUGAAAUUCUGGAAACAUUUGAAAAUACAACCAAAAUUGAAAAAUAUCUAGAAGAAUUUAAUCCAAUGCUAUAUCAACUGUUCGUCGUAUUAUGGACAAAUCAUAAAUCUGUAUCACUGAAAUGUGAGAAAAAUUGUUCACAAUGUUUAUUAACAGAUGGGCAUGAGAAACCGUCACGGUUAUUGUGUGCACAUGACACAACGUGCACAAUCCAACAUGAAGAACUAUCGCCGUUACGAGUUGGGUGUCCGCGUACGCCAAUGCGUAGAAGACAAGGUAAUCAAAAAGAGCACAUAGAAAAGGAGGAAAGCCGCGGUCUGACAAUAAAAGUAAAAAUCACGUAUACCGUAUGA